CAAAGAGGGGUGUGAGAGCAGGGCCAAUUGUUUGAAUGGGAGGUGUGGCCAUGCAGAGAGCAGAGAAGUCGAGGCUCCAAUGGGCUGCCCGUACAGCGUCGGGGACCCAAACGAGCUCGGGAGGGUUGGCCAAUGAGCGCUGCUAUGCAGAUGAAUCCGUGACAGCGCUGAAGCUGCAGCGGUAGCCGGAGCGCAUCGGGGGUUUGCGCGGCGCAACCGGAGCCUGAGUGGAGGCGCUGCUCGCUUCGCUCCGAAGAUGAUCCGGGCGUUCUCGUUCCCCGUCAGCCCGGAGCGGAGCCGCCUGCGCGGCUGGCUGGAAGGCACCUUAGCCGGCUUGUGCGAGCUGCAUUUGCUGCGCGAGCGGCAGGAGCGCCGAGUCAGGCAGGCGCUGCGCAUCGCCGCCGAGGAGGAGUCUCCGAGCAAGCCCGGCGAAGGCGAGCCUGCAGGCGGCGGCGGGGAGCCUGCUCCGGAGGACCAGCUGGAUGCCCUGCCUGGCUUGAUGUGGGAGUUGGAACAGCAGCUGGGAUUACUGCGGAUGCACCCCGAGAAGAGCUGUGGGGAGACAGCAGAGACAGAGAGCUGGCCCAGCUCAGGUUUCUACGAGGGACAGCUCUCCGCGGUGGCCUCGGAUUCCCCAGCAUCUGGCUUUGGAGACUCUUCCUCCAGUUUCCCGUCCGCAUCGGGGUCUUACUCUCGCAUCGGCCGUGUGGAGUCCCGCCUUGGCUAUGCCAGCGAGCGGCCCAAGUCUGUAGGUGACGUAGCCAACAGCGGCAAGGAGGGGGCCAGUCGGAGUACCGUGCCCCGCUCCUUCUCGGCUCCUUAUUCCAGCUCCCCGGAUUACCCGGCCGAAGCAGCGUUGCCUGCCUGCUACCCGCCCGACCCUUUUCUGUACCCCAGCCCGCUCCACGCGGUGGCCCUGCAGAACCCCCUCCUCCUCCGGAGCCACCUCUACGAGGACCCCGCCUUCUCCUCGGCUGCCUCCCAGGGGCUGGCCUACCCCCCAGGUCAGGAGGGGGGCCUGGAGGCCUACGGCAGUGAGUUCCAGUACUACUCGGAGGCGGCCUCGCAUUGCCACAAGGUGGAGAGCUACAUCUCCCGCCUCAUCCGUCGGCGGAGCCAGCUGGUGAGAGGCAGCAAGCCCCGGACCAGCCUCGGCGGCUCGGAACCGGCGGCCAAGAGCAGCCUGGCGAGGCAGAGCAGCUUGUGCAAGAGGCCCGGGGAGCUGCUCCCCCCGCCGGCCGAGCGCAAGCCCCCUCCCGCCAUGGAGAGAGGCAGCAGCACCCCCUCGCCCUGCGGCCACGAGGCAGGCGGGGCCCCGGCAGCCACGCGCAUCUGGUCCUCGUGGGAUGCCGCUGCCGAGAGGACGUUGGCCGCCCAGGGGGCCGCGGAGGACUUUAGCCCCCCCCACUCCAGCCUCAAGAAGCCCCCCAAGCUGCAGGCUCUAGCCCACCUGAGGCCCACCUCCGUGGAUCAAUAUGAGGCGGGGUACCCCUCGUCCCCGCUGCUGGACGGGGAGGACGGGGCCUCCCGGGGGAAUGGCCAAGACCCCACCUCUUACGAGGCGGAGGACGCGGCCUGCCUCAUGGUGCAAGCCCAGUAUAUUCCUGCUCAGCAGCCCCCGAGGGCCCAGCAGUCUCACCGGGCUGGCAAAAAGAAGCCCCCGCCCCUCACCAAGGGCCGCUCCGUGGAGCUCUCGCCAGAACGGCUCCCUCUGAUCCCCCGGGAACGGCCGCGGGUGUUGGCGCCCCCCAAGAAAUGCCGCUUCACUGAGGAGGGGGGCGAGGGGGCGGGGAGGAAGGGGGCGGGGAGGAAAAGCUCCCCCCGCUCCAGAAAGGCUGCCCGCUCGCAGUCCGAGAACAGCCUCCUCAACAAGCCGGGGGUGAAAUGCGGCACAACCGAACGGGAGGAAACCGCCCUGAAACCGGCCCGGCCCCGGCGGCCUCACGGCGGCGCGGCCGGUGGCUACCGCAAGUGGCGCUCCACGGCCGAGAUCUGCCAAGAGGAGCCGUCGACGGGAGGCGCCGUCGAGCCACGCCGGAGCCGUCGGGGGGCUGGCCCGGCAGGGUAUGGUUAUGCCGGCAGCGAUUCGGAGUGCUCCGCUGAGCCGGCCCGGCAGGCUCCCAUGUGCCGCUUGGAGGAAGGCCUGGUCUACGGAGACAGCGAGUCCAGCCUGAGCGACGGGGAGUCGCCCCCACCCUACAGCAGCGGGGCCUCCAGUGACACGGACGAGAGCGGCGGGCUGGUGUGGCCCCAGCAGCUCUCCCCGCAACUGGUCUCGGCCUCCGGGCCUGGGAAGGCCACCAGUGGGCAACCCAAGGUCUUCGUCAAGAUCAAGGCCUCCCACGCCCUGAAGAAGAAGAUCAUGCGCUUCCGCUCCGGCUCCCUCAAAGUCAUGACCACCGUGUGAGGGUCCCCAGUGGCCGCUUCCGUUGCCUGCCGUUGCCCCUCUUUCAGCCGGAACCCCCCUUGGGUCCUUCCCGGCCUCCCGUCUUCCUGUCCUGAGCCUCCACAUCCCAUUUGGCUCCUCCGCUCGGCUCACCCUGCGAUGACCACCUCGGAAGUGGGAUGACGCCGGGGCACCGCUGGGCAACCUGCUCCCCCUUCCCCAGCUGCACGCGAAUUGCCCCGGCGGACGGGGGCUCUCCGUCUCCCUCCCACCCACCCACCCGCUAUCUACUCCAGUCCAGUUUAAAAGGGAAAGUAUUUAUUGGGUUUUGUACUGUUAAGACGUCUCAGGUGCCAAGUUUGGGUGCAAAACUCUGGACCCAAAACCCACACGGCCAAUGUUGCAUUUCUGUACAGACAUUCUCCCCCCCCCUCCCCUGCUCUCCCCACAUUGUAAAUAAAAUCCAGUGGAUCUUU